CCUAGCUCGUAUUUUCCCAUGGCCCCCACAUGUCUAUCAUACUCCAUUUUCUAUCACUAUCCAGUAUCUUUGAUGGGAGUUCGGCCUCGAGAUCGCUGGGACUGCUCCGUUAACACCGACAAACAAGAUGGUGGGACAUCUAAUGGUUGGAAAAGAUGGGUAUAAAUAGAGGCCACCAUCAGCAAGAGGAUAGCCUCUUUUAACACAUCACAAUCACAAUCAGCACGAUCUACCCAAGCUUAUAUUCGUUCAAAGUUCUCCCAGUAUACACCCUUCUUACAACCAUGUCGGCCCCCAACUCUGCGGUCUGGCUUUUGGAAGCGGGCGGACAGUUCGUGGUCAAAGAAGCUCCAUUGCCUACCCCCGGCCCUGAUGAAAUUCUAAUUAAGAACAAAGCUGUCGCGGUCAAUCCCAUGGACUGGAGGAUCCAGGUCCAUGGACCGCACUUACCUUUUCCCAAAAAGUAUCCCUUUAUCCUCGGCGCCGACAUUGCUGGAGAAAUCUACGAAGUGGGCCAAGACGUAACCACCUUCAAAAAGGGAGACCGAGUAAUGGGGGGAGCCAACUGGUUCCUUACCAACGAAAUCAGAGACUCCGGGUUCCAAAACUACACAAUCUGUAAAGCUACCCUCGCGGCCCCCAUUCCGGACACCAUGUCUUUCGAAAGCGGGAGUGUCCUCCCCCUAGCCCUAUCAACGGCAGCAAUGGGCCUCUAUCCAGCUGGCCGGCUUGAGCUCCCCUUACCCCAAAUCCCCACACCAAAACCCAUCAACAAGGUUGUCCUCGUCUGGGGCGGCUCAUCGAGCACCGGCAGCGCAACGAUUCAACUGGCAGUAGCAUCAGGGGCAAUUGUUAUCGCCACCGCGUCUGCGAAGAACCAUUCCUUCGUGCAGAGUCUCGGUGUGGCCAAGGUGCUGGAUUACCACGAGGAUAGCAUCAUCCAUGACCUGGUUAACGCUAUCCGGGAUACUCCCGGGGAAUUCGUGGGUGCCCUGGAUGCGAUUGGCGAGGAGGAGACGAUAAGGAGAUGUGCGGACGUGGUCAAGGGACUUGGUGGUGGACGUGUGGUCACGAACUUGCCUAUGCCGAUUAAGGAUAUUCCUGAUGAAGUGGAGCUUGUUGGUGUUGUUGAUGUCGCGAAUAUCUCUGAUAAUAAGGAGAUCUCCGAGGGUAUUUGGGGCAAAUUUAUCCCUGAGGCGUUGAAGGAUGGGACGUUGAAGCCAGUCCCUGAACCUUUGGUUGUUGGAGAGGGCUUGGAGAAGAUCCCUGAGGGUGUUUCUUUGUCUCAGCAGGGCAUCUCGGCGAGGAAGAUCGUUGUGACCUUGUAAUUGAGGUAGAUAUUUGCCUAGGGGAAAGUACAUACGUGUAUGGUGGUUGUCAUUAUUGUUGUUUUGUUUUGUUGUUUUGGGUUUGAAUCCUGAGCACGCUAAUGAAUAGCUAGCCAAUUGAUGAAGACUUUGGACUGACUAAUGACCGAGUAUUCAAUAAUGAUGUGUGCAUGUAGAAAUCAGCCUACAACUAUUAUGAUUAGCCUUGCGCGGGGUUCUAGGAAGAUAUGUGAAUUGGUCCUCAAAAGCGUCUUGGUCUUCUCUUGCUC